CUAGCCAACGGCAAAGUUAUGGAUGAUUCAUAUAAUUUUGCAACCCUAACCUUCCAAAAAUAACUAAAUAGCGCAUCCCUAUUUAACUGUCGUUUUCUGAUAUCACCCUUAUUUAUCUAGUGUUUGAAAGGACUCCUUCAAUUUACAAGCAGUACAUGCACUUGCACUGACGUCAAUGGAGCUGUCUUGGAUGUAUAUAUACAUUCUGCACGGAGCUAUCGAUUCAAAUAUCCAUCAAGCAGGACUUUUCUGAUAGAGUUCUGGGUUCUUCCUUCCAAGCUUGUGUGGAAAACGUUGUGAUAAUCUUCUACAGGGAAUUUAACCUAGAAUAUUCAACAGCAUCCAGCAUGAAGACAACUAUUUUGGUUUUGCUAAUAGCCAGUAUAUUACUAGUGUCUCAAAUUCCUCCCGGUGUCUGCCGUCCCAUGGGUACAAACACCUUUAACCGUCAUGGAUACAAGAUCCAGGACGACCACGUCUUGGUAAAGUCUGGUGAUAAUGCUAUGUCCUACCUCGUGGGAGAAAAGCUGCUGAGGUAUUUGGAAAGAAACCCCAGAUUUCAUCAAAACCUCUCUCAACUACUUCCUGACGACGUUCAGUUUGUGAAAGUGCUGUCCACAAAAGGCUUGGCUCAUCCCGCGAACAACAUACAGGUGGUCGACGGAGGAGAGCCCUCGAGGGAGGUCAGGCUCGAAGACUUUUCAGAGCUCUCAAAGAGGGCCGAAGACCCUCCCAUCUCUAUCGAUCUCACAUUCCACCUCUUGAGAAACAUGAUUGAGAUUGCAAGGAUCGAAAGCCAGAAGGAACAGGCAGAGCUGAAUCGCAAAUAUUUGGACGAGGUUGGCAAAUGAUAGCAUCAACGUAGGAAAAUAAAAAGGUUCUCACGAAUGAGCGAUUCGCCACGGCACUGCCAUGUACAUACCCAUGGUAUGACAUGUGUUCAUGUUAACCUUAUUGCUAAGCCUAACGUUAUACAUCAUGUUCAUUACACUAGCUUCAUUGAAGCUUUUGUGGAAAUUGGUGUUCAUUAAGGUGGGCUUUGAUUUUGGGGGUGAAUAUGAAACACAUGUCAGACACUUACAUUAAAUAUUUUAUUUGCCUUUAUUGUAGAGGGAAAAAAGGGUAGGUUAUAUUAAAAAUGUAAUUAAAUAAGUAAACAUGCAGUUGAGGUUAUGUUAAGAAUUAAGCACCUCAUUUGGCAAGUUGUUUUUUUUUUACUGAUUAACAUCAGAGCUGAAGAAAGAGAAGAAAUGGCUUUGAUACCAAUUGUGUUUUAUGUUUACAGUGUUGGAGAAUUAUACAUUGUGAUUGAAUGUACGAAAUGCAAAAGUAAAAUAUAAGCAAUGUUGCUAAUGUAUUAAUUAAGUAAAAAAAAAAAAAAAUAAUAAUUAAACUUGCCCCAGGUAGAAAAUGCAAUAUAACUAUUCAAAGUUUUGUUUGGUCUUAAACAAUACGUGUGGUAGACGGGCACAAUAAGUAAAAUACAAACUACUAUGCUUUAAAUUUUGAUGUGUAAACAUUUUCUAAGUGUUUCAUCCCAGCUCUUUUGCUAACUAACCUACUUUUUUGGACCCUCACAUUGUUGUGUGAGUGGAAAUAUGUUGCUGUUAAUAUCCCUUGAAAAAUGGUACAUUGGAUUAUAAUUUUGGUCAGGUUUCACAAUGUAUGCCCCUUAGACUUAAGCUUCUCUAUACAGUAUACUGUGUAUGGCAUGAAUAUUUUACAUCUUGGGAGGUGGUAUACUUGCAAGAUAUGUGUUAAAAUGUAAGGACAACACAAAUGUGCUUUCCUUAAAUCAAACACACAAUGUAUACAGAACCUAUGAACAUUACUCAAGUUGUGGUAUGGUUACAAGACCUUUAAUUAUUACAUUUUCAAAGUGAUUAAAGGGUGUUUAAACACUAAUUAAGUAAUUUUCUUCUUACUACAACCACUGUAGGAUCUCCUCUGACAGCUUGGAAAGUCCUUAUGUGUCAUUGCUAAGGGUUGCAGGUUUGAAUAGUGGUUAAGAUUUAGAGGCUGUUUCUUUCUAUAAUUGUAAAUGGGCAUGAUGUAUGGCAGUGCCUAUGGCUUCCUGGUGAGACUUUUAUAUUUUUCUUGAACAAAUUCAUUUCAAACUCCAUAUCCAUCCCUUUGCCCUAAAAGCCACUACCUUUCCACCAAACCAAUGCACUAUUCAGAUGUCUAAAGCAUGCUUGUAUAAAAAAGUGAUAGUUUGUGAAUUGUUUUACUGAAACAUAAUAAAAAUUCAUACACAGUUGUUUAGCAGUAAAGCUUUUUGCCAUUUAUAUUUUGUAAUAAAAAAAAAUCUGAAAGAAAUGUCUGUCGACUCUGUCAAAAUCACUUA